AUGAGUAUUAAGGAUAUUUUAUCUAAUGAUGAUUCAAAUGAAAAGUAUGAUUCUGAAUCAGCAACAACAGAAAGUAAUAAAAGUUCUGAAACCCAAACACUAUAUACAAUAAAUCCAGAGAUUUUAACUAGAUUAUACACAAACCAAUCUAAAGAAUUCAUAGUUAAUACAAUGAAGCCAAAAGCAAAACAGGCUAGAAAAUCUCUAAGGUUGAUUAUUUCAAAUUUAAAACAAUCACAAAGAAUGUCACAGGCAAUAUCUCUGGGAAUUCCUAAAAU